AUGGACCAUAGCCGAGCGGAUUGUGGAUGGCAGAGAACCGACAGCGGCUUGAUGGAAAAGGUGAACUGGGUCCUGAUUUACAACUACAACGGCUCCGAUUGGGAGAUCCCUGGUCGUGUUCGAUACGACGCCGAGCGGCAAGCCAAAGGGUACAGCUUGAUCACCUAUGAAGACGGAGACUGGCUCGUCAGCCAACAUGAGAGGAAUUACACCGUCACCUUUGAGUUUGUCAGCGACAACAAACCUGCUGCGAUUGAUCGUCCUUCCUUUGCAGGAGGGAGGAUCGACCAGUUCACAUCUUGGGGUCCAACCCUGGAUGCGCGCAUGGUUCCCCAAAUCUCCGCACCAGGCUCAGGCAGUUGGGCGACUCUUUCGGGAACCAGUAUGGCCACUCCUUACAUAUCUGGUGUUGCUGCUCUGUUCUUCUCAUCCCGCGGUGGACGAGCUGCCCUCGGGGACGGUGGUGCCAAGCUGGCUCAUGAGGCCAUUGUUGCCAGCGGCAAACCGAUUCGUCAUUACGACGGCACUGACAACCUCGCAUCCGUGAUUCAUCAGGGAGCAGGUUUGGUUGAUGCCUUCAAAGUUGUGGGUUACUCGACCCUCGUAAGCCCAGCAGUGCUCAACCUCAACGACACGGAGCAUUUCCAGGGUACUCAAAGCGUACAGAUCACCAACUCUGGUGAUGAGCCUGCGACGUACCAGUUCACUCACGAAGCUGGGAUUACUGCCCUCACCAAGAGUGCCGGAACUGCUUGGGUAUCUGUAUCUCCUCCAUACGUCUCCGGGGACGGAAAUACUGCCACGGUCAUAUUCUCGCCUGCCGAGCUCACCUUGGGUCCUGGUGAAAGCGGUUCUGUUUCUGUUACUUUUACUGAGCCAUCUUCACCUGAUGCUAGCACUCUUCCAGUUUACGGAGGGUCAAUUGUGGUUGCUGGCUCUCAGGGAGAAGUGGUACGAGUGUCUUACAUGGGAAUCAAGGGCUCUCUGUAUGCCAGUGAUGUCUGGGAGAUGGAGCGAGGUGUUCCUCUGCUACUCAGCGGAUAUGGCGGCCUCAUGGAGGAGGGCCACAACUACACAUUUGAGGAAGGUGGCGAUGUUCCGCAGCCGUAUUUCAAUGUCCUUUGGUCAACUCAAGAAAUCAGCUUCGACUAUGUCGCGCGCGACUGGAAUGAGACAGACUGGGCCUACCCAGCAGUCCCUGGGCAGGCCAAAUACCUUGGUUCCUUCAUCACAGUUCCCCAAGGGCUUUCGGACUCUAUCACCUCCUUCCCUCUGAGGAAUUACCCGCGAAACGGUGGUGGUGUCUAUGCCCCUCCACAGAAUGUUUUCGCUCAUGGAGGUGAUAUACCUGCUGGCGAGUACCGCAUUCUCUGUCGCGCACUCCGUACCUUCGGUGAUCCCAACAACUUGAACGACUGGCAAUACAAGGUCUCACCGUGGUUCCGCAUCACUAGGGAGAAGCCGCCUGUCACUGCGACUCCCACGACAGCGGAGGCCACUCCGGCCCCAACGACCUCUUCCGUCAGUUUGCCGGAGCCAUGCGCCGCAACUUCCACACCAGUCAGCAUCGAAGCAACCCUUGCUUCCGGCGAAGGUCCUUACAACUUAUACCUCUACGCUGACUUUGCUUCGAUCGAUCUGACGGGAUCUCAAACCCCGAUGAACUUCUCCAUCACCAACGGCACUCAAGUCCAGACUUGGUUCAACUCCUCUUGGAGGUUCCUCUCUGUGCAUACCAACACCAACAGUUUGAUCUACGUGUACGCGUCGAGCCGUGUGACUGGCGCCUUUUCUUUCCUCGGAUGCACCGUCACAGAUGGUGUCUUGGGCUGCGAAUCUAACGGCAAGUCUGCGCUCUACGUUUGCGACAGCACCACUGGACUUUUGCGUCACGGAACUCAGCCUCUUGAUGGAUACGACGACUUCUGUUACUGCUACGGAAAUAACAGCGGCGCCGACUACUUUUUCGACUGCAGUCGCCUCGGUCUCAUUGUCUUGACUUGGAUUUGA